UUUUUCGUUAGUGUUUUGGAAAAUGUAAAUAUUUACGUGUGUGGUAUGACGUGUACUUUGCGUGAUAUAUUAUUCAAUACUGGAACCGUGUACAUUUAUUUUAUUAAUACAAAACUGUAUCUUUCAUAUGCAGUUUUUGAUUUUAAGGUGAAAUGGAAUCUCUCUAUCACCACACAAAUAAUUUAAUACAAGAAACCCAGCAGUGUUUUCAAAGGCUUGAGAAUGCUUACGGCAAAGAAACAGAACCUAUUGAAAAGGAAAUACAAGCCAGAAUUGAUACUAUUACGAGCAACUGCGAGCGCCUGGACAUCCUGGUGCACAAGGAGCCCGUGAGCCGACGAGCCACCAGCAAGAUGCGGGUGGACCAGCUCAAGUACGACAACAUCCACCUGCAGGCGGCGCUGCGCAACUUCCUGGGCCGGGAGCACGUGCGGCGACAACAGGAGGCGGAGCGCGAGGAGUUGCUGUCGCGCGACUUUGCGCGGGACAGCGACACCAGCAUCCUCAUAGACCACAGCUUGCAGCACCACACCAGCCUGCAGAACGCGAGCCGCGGCGUGGACGACGCGCUGCUGUCGGGCUCGGGCGUGCUGGACAGCCUGCGCCAGCAGCGCGGAGUGCUCAAGGGAGCCCACCGCCGCCUCUUCGACGUGGCCAACACGCUCGGCCUGUCCAACUCCACCAUGCGCCUCGUGGAGCGGCGCGCCCGCCAGGACAAGUUCGUGCUCCUGGGCGGUGUGGCCGUCACCCUGGCGGUGAUGACCCUGGUGGUGGUGUACCUGACGUAGCGGCCCGCGCACGGCCGUGCAGAGUGUUGGACGGGGACAAGCUUGCAUGGUGCUGUUGUGUUCAUCUUCGUGCGUCGUCUUUAUCCAUGGAGAUGGCGUGUUAUUUAACGAUUAUGAAAAUUGAUAUGUACAUCUCGAUACUUAACUCCAACAAAAUGUCACUUCUUUUACUGAUACAUGAUGCAUUUUUACAGUAUGACACGUCUGGAACAAAUUUUUAUGCAUUCAAAAACUGUGUUCAAUAUCAGUGGCGUAGCCAGGAUUUGUGUUAAGAAGUAGGCCCCCCCCCCCCCCCCCUUAUUAAAGCGGGGGUCCAGGGGUCCUCCCCCGGUAAAAUUUGGAUUUUAAGGUGUAAAAUAGUGCUAUUUUAGCAGUUUUCAGUACUUAAAUUUAAAUAUUGUAAUGGUAAAAAUUUUAUUAAUUUUAUUAUGAAAUUUGUUUGAGUGAUGAAUAAGAAAUUAAUUAAAGAUUUGGUGCUAAGGGGGGGGGGGGGGGUGUUUGAACCCUUAAUCCCCCCCCCCUCCUGGCUACGCCCCUUUUCAAUAUAUGCAUAUAUGUAAAAAGUGUUAUAAGAGAUGCACGCUCAAACUAAAUUAAAUUGAUUUUUUUGCAUUUAAAAUAGCUCCUUUUUUUUUUUUUUUUUUUCAUUUGUAAAAACACUUUUUUGCUGGAUAAAUUACUUUCAUUGAAUUUACCAUAGUGAAAGAGUACAUUUUUGUAAUCUGUUCUAUGUUUUGUCAAAUUGCUGGUUGGUUUCAUGAUUUCAGUUGCAUUUCGGUGAUAAAUGGUGUAUUUAACUUGCAUUUUACUAUUAUGUGGUUUUCAUUUUGGUGUUAUCGCAAUUCACCAUAUAAUCUUGUCCCUGUUAAUGAAACUGAAGUCUGGUUACGAAAGUCUUGAAAAAAAGUCCCAAAAUUAACAGUCGCAGUGCUGAAACAUUAGGUACUUUACCAGAAGCCUUUUGGUACUUCCAUUUUGUGUUUUGACUUCUCACUUCAAUUUACAGUCAAACCAUGUUAAAUAUAAAUAGUCAAGAGAAUAUCCACUUAAAUCAUGUGAGGAUUAUAUCUGAAUACGUUUUAGCUUUGAGACAAAAAUCUUCACGUUUCUUUGCAAAUAGUAUUUGUAUUAUAUUGAAUUGAAUUUGUAUUGUAUUGAAUUUUGCUUGUUAUUUAUUAAUAUGUAAUCACCCUGUGGUAUAAAAAGUCGUUAGAAAAUGUUAUUAAAAGAUCCUGGAAUCGGUUCAGAUAUUUGUAGACACCCUGUUGUAACUGCAAAGAAAACUCAAUUGAUUCAUAAAAAUUUACUCAGUCAAAUUUGGCAGCCAAGCAGUGACUUUAAAUUUUAAGAAAACUAAUUAGAUUCAUUACUGGUUGAUUUGUUUAAUUUUUAACAUAUAUAAUUUUUCCAAAAUUUUUGUAUGUUGGUUAACAUUAGGUUAGUUUGCUAAUUUGCUACACACUAUAUACUGAAUAUGGCAAUUUUGUGUAUGAGUGUAGCUAUAUAUAACUAUAAAAACUAUUAAAAAAAAGGUUUUUCACCACUUAUUUUUUGUUGAAGUUAAUUUAAUUUGUGGCACAUCAUUAAGACUAAAUGGGAAGUUUGGUUAGCACUUUUAUUUAUUUAUCUGUUUAAAUAUCAUUUUUGGGACUUAUGAAGGACAAGGCUUAGGUAUUUAGCAACACAUUAUUGUGUAAUAUGCAUGCAUGUAUUAUGACUUCAUUGACCAAAGUGUAAAGCUGUUAUCUGUGUAUCCUAAGACGUUAAAAGACUUGAAAUGUUAUAUCCAAGAUGUUUCUGUUAUAUUGUGUAUUUCUUUGUUGUUGUUUCUUAGUUUUUAGCUGACAAGGAGCUUAAAAUAAAAUUUGAUAUUUUUUCUGGUUAAUUUUAUUGAAA